UCGAAGAAAUUACAAUGAAUUCCAAGCCAAAUGGCUGUGGGUAAUGGUAAUUGUGGUGUCCAUCCUCUCUGGAGCAUUGUUUGGUUCACUUUUAACAUCGGCCAUAUAUGCACGCAAUCGCUGGUAUGCAAACAAUCAACUCUCCGAUCAUCUUUCAGAAACAGAUUUCAUAUCAGAUGUGGCCGGGCAGCUAAAGUUCAUUUCGCGAAAUAAUUGGAUUGCACAACCGCCCGAAGUGGUGCCAAUCCAGCUUGAAUUACCAUCAACUCGUGUAAUAAUCGCGCACACAGCAACGAAGAACUGUAGCACACUGGCCAGCUGUAAUUUGGUGGUGAGAAGCAUUCAAGCGUAUCACGUUGAGACACUUAAAAUGGAUGAUAUUUCGUAUAAUUUCUUGGUUGGUGGCAAUGGAAAUGUAUACAUUGGUCGCGGCUGGAACAUUCAAGGCAAACAUACGAAUGGCUUCAAUGAAAAAAGCAUUUGCAUUGCGUUCAUUGGAAAAUUCACAGACGAAGCACCACCAGCAAGGCAAUUAGAUGCAGCACAACAAUUGAUCAAAGAAGGCGUCUCAUUGAAAAAAAUUGCGGAUAACUACAAUCUAUAUGGUCAACGUCAACUAAAAGCAACCGAAAGCCCUGGCCAAGCAUUAUUCGAAAUAAUAAAAACAUGGGAUCAUUGGACCGCAGAUAUUAAGUAA